GCUCGACGGCUCCGGAGGACAGGGGAAUUGUGCAGUUGCGGCUCUCUUGAGGGGCCGUUAGUUCCCCGAUAACCUAAAGGAAAGACUUCAUUUACGUUAUCAAUGGCGUUCAGGCUUAGAUGGUUGGUUUUCAUAUCGCUACAAAGGAAGGGGGCGGGAACAGGAGCAUUCAGCAUGGAACCGGCAAAAGGGUAUUUACUGGCAAAUGCUGUCAUGGGAGAGAUACUGUUGGCGCUCAGAUUCCCCUCGGACCUUCAAACUGAAGAAGAAGCGAUCAACUCAGAGAUACCAAGGGCGGCGGCAAUACUUGAAACACAAAUAUCAUGGAUAUUGGGCAUCACCUAAGCUCUGACAUGUAAGCAUUGGCGAUAUUUCAACGCACCAAGAUGAACACAAAAACGCAACUUACCACGAUGACACGUGCCGAAAGACCUUUGCCCAGAGUUUAUUUCUUCGCUUCAAAUGCCUUGGCAUUGAUAGUGAGC